AAGUUCCUUUAGAGGUUAUUGUACGGUUAAUUGUUCCCGGAAAAGUCUGUUUUUAUUUAUUAAUACAGCAUUAAAAUACAUAUAAAUGUGUUUUCUGCUGUAAUAAUGUCAAAUAUAGUUAUUUAAAAGCAAGCGUUGAUGUUUUCCGGGGGAAAAAAAAAACUGCCGAUGCCGUAUUGGAAAGGGAUCCAUGCUUGGCUGGACUCAGGGUUUGAGGAAGCUUGUCCGCCCGGCAGUCGGAGCGGAGGGGGGACUCGACGGCGAGAGCUUCAGGCGGUGUGUGAGCUGCUGACGGACGCCGAGAUAUCUCCGCGACGGCUUUUCCUGAUACCUGCCGACACAGCAAUGAACACACUCUUACCGUAGCGGUGUUUUUUGUGUCGUAUCCAGAUUGAACAAUGUGAUUGUGACCGGAGGCAGCUGCACUCCAAUGGUCAAGGACCUCACCUCACUUCACUAGAAUGUACUUGAUGAAUGUACCUCCUGUCGCAGCGACGCAAACAGAAUGGAGAACAUGUGGCCCACCUGGAGGCUAUAGCCUUCCUAUUCCUAUCUGCUUCAAUGACUCUGACACUGAGUUGUCCACCAGAGGCGCACCUAUCUCAGACAAGGUCCAGAUGAUCAUAGAGAGCCUUAGGAGCACCCAGUCCUCACUCGAGAUGGGCGACGAGAUCGAGGGAAACGUGCUAUCAGGACAGGAGGGUCAUCCCCAAGUCUGCAAGGUCGCAAUGGGUUCCUAUGUGGGAGCCAAGUCCAAAACAAAAGGUCCCACUGAAAAGCAGCAGGCAGGUGUUUCCUCCCCAGUCGACCACGAGAGCAGUGACUCUGACAGCGAUGAUUCAGUGGACAGAGGAAUUGAGGAGGCAAUACUGGAAUACCUGAAGGAAAAGGAUGAUCACAAACGCAAGGCAGAACCGUGCUUCACCUUUCUCCCAUCAACCAAAAUUCCCAGGAAGAACCCACCCAUUCCAGAGGUUUCCAAACAGAGCUCUGACAGCAGUACGUUCUUGAUUGCCAGUAACCAGUUUCCGAAAAGUGUCAAAGCUGAGACUCUCACAGCACCAGCUGUUGUACCUAUAAAGAAGUAUAUCAAAAACAAGGCGUCCCUAAAUGACAACACAGUUAAAAAAUUGGAUUCAAGUACAACAACCAAGAGCGUAGUCUUGCCUAAAGAGCAGACAAAGAGCCCCUCUAAAACAGUCAGCCUCGUCAACAAAGUAAAGUGCCCAGUCGCAGUAAAGAUGGAGGAAGACUCUAAUGAUUCCAGUAGCGAUGAUGGCAUAGAGGAGGCCAUUCAGAGAUACCAGUUAGAGAAAAGGGAGCAGCAGAACAAAAGGGAAACUUUCAGUCCACACGCAUUCAAAGAGGAGUCUGACUCCACGAGUGAUGACGGGAUCGAAGAAGCUAUACGCUGCUACCAGCUUGAGCAGCUCAAGGAGAAGAGCGUCCUGAAACCAUUGUUGCACAAGCAGAAACCCUUUAGCAAGUCAUUAAUACAUGCUGUUGGAAGUACAAGCACGGAAAACAUGAAGAAACUCAAAGCGAGAAAGAAAAAGCCCAGAAGAGAGAAAGAAGUGAAAUCUGUUCAACCGCCUCCCUCAUCUGUUUUCAUACCCAAGAAUACACUUCCAGAGAGCUCCAAGUGUAAAGGAAACGGAUUACUUUUGUUUAAAGUGGAGAGUUAUAAGGAGCAACCCAACCCUACCCCUGCCCCGCCAAAGGUAAACACAACAGCAGAGCUCAUGUGUGCUGAGGCAAUACUGGACAUCUCAAAAACUGUCAUGCCUGUGGCCUUCCAUCACAGUGUCGGCCUUAGCAGUUGUGCACCCUCCGAAUCUUCCUUGCAACCUUCGCUCCCUGACAACUGUCCCGAUGAGGAAAGUGAUGGCAGCUCCAUCGAUAGUGAAGAUGGAAUAGAGCAAGAAAUCAGGAAAUUUCUGGAGCAGAAGGGCCAAAUGCACAAACAGCCGCCCGGCCCUGCUACGACUCAAGAGCCCCACAGUGUAACUGAACCAGAGGAAGCGAAAGCAAAACAAGUUGCAACCCAAAAGAAGCCUCCGAGGUUGUCUUUGACACACAGAAGAAAACACAGAGCAGAAAAUUGUAGCAUUUCCAACACAUCAGGGACCGAUAACAAUGUUAAAGAAAUGCCCCCCGAGCCUUUACCCGAGCAGGGGAAAGAAUCGAGCCCAGUUUGUUUUCCCAGAAAAAGUCAAACACACCCACAACACAAGACAGAGCAGAGUGGAGAUAAAAGCAGCUCACUCGACAGCGAUGAGGACCUAGACACCGCAAUAAAAGACCUGCUCAAGACAAAAAAGAAGUCAAAGAAAAAAACAAGAGACUUAAAGCGAAAAUCAAGGAAGUGCCUCAAGGAUGAAGAACCAAUGCUGGGAAAUGCUCUACAGACCAAAAAGUUCAAACCCGAUCCUACUAAAAAGCGGGCUGCUUUGAAAAAGGUACACAAGAGUAAGAAUGAGAUGAAAGACAAGUCUGGGUUGAGCAAAAUGGGCGUUUCACAGCAUAAACAAACUAAUAAGAGAGAAGAGCUUGAUAUGCAUGAAGGAGAAACACAGAAAUUGAAAGCAGCUGAGGGCCAAGACCCCCCGCUGUUGCACAAUACUCAGACCGCGCUGCAGAUAAAGGAAGACAGCAGUUCAGUUGACAGCGAUGAUAGCAUUGAGCAAGAGAUCAGACGGUUUCUGGCUGAAAAGGCCAAAGUUUCAACAGCAGGGAAAAGUAAAGAUGGAGACGUAUCGAGGAACGGCACUGGCGCGGUUUUUACCCCGCUUCAAAAUCAAGACAUUAAACAGGAAAAUCAGCUGGCUGAUAUUCAAAGAAAAAGUAUCAGUCCUCUCUCUGGACAAUCCCCUCCGAUUAGUCAGCCUCGUCAAACGCCACAGAGUUCGCUUGCAGAUAUCUCUACUGUCAGCGCACAAUCACACCUGACCUCAGCCCAGUCCUGCAGCCCUGGUCUUUUGGAGCCAGCAGACGGUGCAGGGGCCGCUAGAACCGAGCAACAGAGGCCCAGCGCUGGGAAAGGCGGCGUCCAGGCCGUCACCCCACAGGUGGAGCGAGUUCGGUCGGUUUUGAGUCCUAACAUUGCUCAUUCCCGCUCAGAGUCACUCAAGUGGCGCCAGAGCCUUGGACUCCUCAAUACUGACACUAGGACUCUCAGUCGAACUCCAUUCCAUAUCACCUCAUCUAAAAUCAGCGAGACUGCAUCGGCAAGUCCACCAUUUCAAAGCGGGAUCAUCACCCCCAGAUCACAAACUCCAGCCACUGUUUGGUCCUCUGCAAGGACCUGCAGAGCACAUUUCCCCUGCUCUGGAGAGACAACUGUAAAUACCACAUUCAGAUCCCCUGUUUUAAAUCUUUUAUCUACUGCCACGCAGCAUCCAAGGGUGUCCUUCACACGGAGCCUUGCGCCUGGCCACAGGACGCAGUGCCCCGUGGAUGGAGAGGCAAAGAGCACGGUGCAUAUGCCCAAGGACAAGAGUGCAUUUGUUGAGCUGGAAUCUAAUAGGACCAACCAUGUCCAGGUUCGAAGCAGGGAAAGGAGCGAGGGAAAGGAGAGGCCAGAGUUGCUAAGUGAGAGAAAAAGAGAAGGCGAGACCAUGAAGAUAGAUGAUAAAGAAGUACAUCUAGAAAAAACAGAGGAAGAGUUUAUAGAUGAGGCAGAUUGUGAGUCAGACAACAGGAGAAAUCCAGAGAAGAAGCAGGGCUUUUCUACAUUGUCGUUGUCAAGUGCCAUUGACCCUGGCAUCACCUUCAGACCUUGCAUAGCGCUUAACACAGACGAGAGAAGCAGGAUGUUCAACAGGGGCUACCUAGCAAAAAAGUACAAGAAGGGGGUACCUUCUCUCUGUAGUGCUGCUGAGCAGAACAUGACUGUGCAACGUGUCAAAAGAAAGCUUCAGUUCAUUCCAGUCAGCAGGAGAAAUGAAGCAGCCAGUCACCACCGCAACAUAACAGAAUAAAACUCCAUACUGCAUUUGAAGCAUGCAUGUACAUGACUGUGUUUGAUGUUACAGUAUAUGGGUUGUCGAAUAAUUAUUUUGCACUUUAUUGUUUUUGGAGGUGUGCUGUUAGUUUUGAUGUUGCAGGCCAGGGGCAACUUUGUAUGUUUGUACUUUUUAUAUAUACCAUUUUCUUAGUUGGGUUUUGAAAAAAGAAGUUUUGUAAUGUUGUAAAUUAUAUAAAAGGGAGAAAAAAUAUAGCAGUAGGAGGAACAAAGUUUGCUUGUUUGUUAAUAUAGCCAAUUCUGGGCAUUUCUUCUUUUUGCAGCGUUUUUCUAAAAAGUAAGUCUUAAAGCCCAGAAACUACCAGAGUACGCUGCCAUUUGUCUUUACCACAUUUUCCUAAUUAAUGAAAGCGUUCUGGUGUCAAGGUUUUUGCUAGCUGCUAUUCUUUAAAACUCAUAUUGGGCUGUUCCAUGUGUUCUGUAUCAGGAGUUACGCCCUUACUUUAACACUGGCUGUCACAGCUUCU